AUGGCUUCUACCUUCCGCGUUCUCGUCCAGACUCACCACAUGACAUCGCGCCGAAAGAUCUGCGCCCUCACCAAGGCGGCCAAGAGCUUAGGUUGCGGCGUCAUCCUCAAGGUCGGUCGACCACCAGGAAUUAUGCUUGCCGAAGGUGAGCGCGCCUUGCAGUGGCUCGACCUGGUCAAACAACUUCGCUACAAAGAUUAUCGCCUCCUUAAGAAAGAGCUGAUCGCGCAACCGCUGCUUGAUGUCCCGGUGGGCCGGGUGGUGGAAUUUACCAGCGUCAAAGAGCUGAGCGCCUUUUUGCGGACGAACAUAAAACUCUAUGAAUGGUGGCGUCUUAACAUGGGCUUUAAGAAGGACCCGGACGCGCCGUGA